CUUUUUUCUUUGGGAAUACAUUACUGUUAAAAAUGUAGAUUAUUAGAUACAUUACUUUUAAUGAAUGUAAGUGGUAUAAUUAGAAGGCUGAAAAGAAUCCUUGGAAACGUGAGUUUAAUUUGAUAGCUAAGAAACUGAGGACAAGAUACUUAUUCUUGGUAGCAUAUUUUCUAAUGUCAUUUCAUUGUCUCACCAAGAAAUACUUGCAUAAAGCAAGUUCAAUUAUAGCAUCUGUUGAAUAUUUAAGGUUGGGUAAAGUGGGUGAGUUUAACAGAUAUUUUCCCUUAUUUCUUUUAGGCGAAUCUGGAUUGAGAAAGUUGACAUUAAUCAACUCAUUAUUCCUCACAGAUUUGUAUUCUCCAGAGUAUCCAGGUCCUUCUCAGAGAAUUAAAAAGACUGUACAGGUGGAACAAUCCAAAGUUUUAAUCAAAGAAGGUGGUGUUCAGUUGCUGCUUACAAUAGUUGAUACCCCAGGAUUUGGAGAUGCAGUGGAUAAUAGUAAUUGCUGGCAGCCUGUUAUCAAUUACAUUGAUAGUAAAUUUGAGGACUACCUAAAUGCAGAAUCGCGAGUGAACAGAUGUCAGAUGCCUGGUAACAGGGUGCAGUGUUGUUUAUACUUCAUUGCUCCUUCAGGACAUGGACUUAAACCAUUGGAUAUUGAGUUUACAAAGCAUUUGCAUGAAAAAGUGAAUAUCAUCCCACUUAUUGCCAAAGCAGACACACUCAUGCCAGAGGAAUGCCAACAGUUUAAAAAACAGGUAAAUAAAGAAAUCCAAGAACAUAAAGUUAAAAUAUAUGAAUUUCCAGAAACGGAUGAUGAAGAAGAAAAAAAACUUGUUAAAAAGAUAAAGGACCAUUUACCUCUUGCUGUGGUGGGUAGUAAUACUAUCAUUGAAGUUAAUGGCAAAAGGGUCAUAGGAAGGCAGUAUCCUUGGAGUGUUGCUGAAGUUGAAAAUGGUGAACAUUGUGAUUUUACAGUUCUAAGAGAUAUGUUGAUAAGCAGGGACGUGGAGCAGCUGUCAAAACACCAAGGGAGGCCCAGGAAAGAUGCUCGUCUCCGGGGAGGAGCGGAGGGGACAGCCAGCAUGUCUUCAGCCAGGAAGGGGGAUGACAGCACAGGGCAGCCUGUGGGGGGCAUGGCGGGAUUGAGAUGCAGGCUCAUAGAACACAUGCAGGACUUGAAAGAUGAUACUAAUAAUGUCCACUACGAGAACUACGGAAUCAGAAAACUGGCAGCUGUGACUUAUCAUGGAGUUGAUAACAAGAAGAAUAAAGGGCAGCUCAGUAAGAGCCCUCUGGCACAAAUGGAAGAAGAAAGAAGGGAGCAAGUAGCUAAAAUUAAGAAGAUGGAGAUGGAGAUGGAGCAGGUGUUUGAGAUGAAGGUCAAAGAAAAAGUUCAAAAACUGAAGGACUCUGAAGCUGAGCUCCAGCGGCACCAUGAGCAAAUGAAAAAGAAUUUGGAAGCACAGCACAAAGAAUUAGAGGAAAAACGUCGUCAGUUUGAGGAUGAGAAAUCAAACUGGGAAGCUCAACAACGUAUUUUAGAACAACAGAAUCUUCGAGAACCUUGGAAAAGAACAAGAAGAAAGGGCAGAUCUUUUAAACCCUCUAUUGACCACCAGUUACGUAUUAGUUGCCAAUAUGCCAGCUUGGACAUCAUUGUUGGAUCCGUUUGACCAGUUUGCACUAGUUUUAUCCAUAAUGAUGGAUUUAACAACAUGACAAAAAUUAUUUUUGUUGUUGUUGUUCUCGAUGGAGAUUAAGAUGCCUCGAAUUGUCUAGGGUGUUGUGUACUUAGAAAGUAACAGCUCUAAGUAGCUUUCCUACAUUUUCUUUUUUUUUUUUAAUUAAACAGAUAUCUUUGGUUUAAUGCAAGAGAACAUUUUACUGUUGUACAAUCAUGUUCUGGUGGUUUGAUUUUUUACAGGAUAUUCCAAAAAAAAAAAAGGACUCUGGAAGGUUUUCAUUGAGGAUAAAUUGCCGUAACAUGAUGCAAACUGUGCUUCUCUAUGAUAACUAUAAUACAAAGUUUCCAUUCAAUGCAGCAUAUACAAUAAUAUAAUUUAGUCUAACACAGUUGACCCUAUUUUUUGACACUUCCAUUGUUUACAAAUACACAUGGGGAAAAAAAAAACCCUAUAUGCUUACAGUGCACCUAGAGGUUUUUUUUUUAAAUAACAAUCUCUUUUUGUUUGUUUGUUUUGGAUUCGUUAAAUAUAUAUUUUUCUCAUUUAGUGCCCUCCUUAGCCAGAGUCUCAUUACUGCUUCAUUUUUGUAAUAACAUUUAAUUUAGAUAUUUUCCAUAUAUUGGCCCUGCUAAAAUAGAAUACAGCAUCUUUCAUAUGGUAGGAACCAACAAGGAAACUUUGCAUUAACUCCCUUUUUACACUUUAUGGUAAGUAGCAGGGGAAAAUGCAUUUAUAGAUCAUUUCUAGGCAAAAUCAUUUCUAGGCAAAGCUAAUGACCAACCUGUUUCUACCUGUAUGCAGUCUCUUUAUUUUACUAGAAAUGGGAAUCAUGGCCUCUUGAAGAGAAAAAAAGUCACCAUUCUGCGUUUAGCUGUAUUCAUAUAUUGCAUUUCUGUAUGUUUUGUUUGUAUUGUAAAAAAUUCACAUAAUAAGCCAUGUAGUGAUGUAAUAAUAGAGUGUGGGGGCUUCAAUAUUCUACAGUCGAUGUACAAGAGUAGAGUAUGUUUGGGAAGAAACUUUUCAACUUGAAUUUGCCUCCUCUGUGAUGACAUCUCUUAUAUGCUUGUGCUGAUUUUCUAAUUUAAGAGAUACCAUAUCUCUCUAUUCAUUUCUAUCUCUCAUUUGUAUGCUUAUUUUUCUGAGAACAAUUUUUUUUUUUUCCUAGACAGGGUCUUGCUUCGUUGCCCAGGCUGGAGUGCAGUGGCACAAACACGACUCACUGCAGCCUCAACCCUCUGGGCUCAAGCAGUCCUUCUGCCUCAGCCCCUUGAGUAGCUGGGACUGCAGGCGUGCACCACCAUGCCUGGCUAAUUUUUGUAUUUUUUGUAGAGAUGGGGUUUCAUUAUGUGGCCCAGGCCGAUCUCGAACUCCUAAGCUCAAGUGAUCCACCCACCUCAACCUCCCAAAGUUCUGGGAUUACAAGCAUGAGCCAUCAUGCCUGGCCUCUGAGAAGUUUCUAACUCAUUCAGAUUAGGUAUACUCUCAAGUCCCUGGAAACUGAAUUUUUUAACUGGAAAGAGAGUGGUGUAAUUUCUCAAGGUCAAAUGAUGUAGAUUUUAACAUAAUACAUAAUUUAAGUGUAAUUAAUGUAGCCCAGUUUAUUAUCUUGAAAUGUUUUACCCUAUUUACUUUUUAAAUUAAUGACCUAAGCAGAGGGAAUAAUUAUAAGUCAAUAGCAGA